CCUGUGCAGUCCACAAUGAAGCAAUUUUACGUUUGCAGUUGUUUUUUCACUCGGAAUAUCUUUGUAUCGAAAUAUGACAUUCAUUUUAACUUCCAUAAUCGACAACAGUUUUUGAAAGAAUAUGGAACGAUUUUGAAACAAAAGGGAUGUGAUACAGAUGCCAAAGUAAACCAGUUAAUAACAGAGAUUCAAGAAGAAAUUGAAAGACGGAAAUCACUGGGUCAGCAGACUUUGAAGCGAAGUGAGGAAAUUCAGCAGAAGUACACCCCGCUGAAACCACAUGUGUAUAACCUUCAGGAAAACUUCUUAGCCCCAGCAUUCCUGAGGUUGGUGGAACACUGCAAGUUACCAGAGGCAACAAAAGAUAGUGUGGUGCAGAAGUUGGGGAUGGAAACAGCAGACAGAGUGUAUUCAUUUCCGGUUUUCACUCCACAGUUUUGUGAAGAUUUCAUAGAAGAAAUGAUUAAUUUUGAAAAUUCAGACAUGCCUAAAGGAAGGCCAAAUACAAUGAACAAAUAUGGGACUCUGCUAAAUGAGCUGGGAUUUGACGAAGGUUUAAUCACCCCUCUCCGUGAGGACUACCUGAGACCCAUCACCAGCCUGUUGUACCCAGACUGGGGCGGGGACAGCUUGGACUCCCACAAGGCCUUUGUUGUCACAUACAAACUGGACCAGGACUUGUCUCUGAGCUACCACUAUGACAAUGCCGAGGUGACACUCAAUAUAUCACUGGGGAGAGACUUUGACGAGGGAUCACUGUUCUUUGGAAAAAUGAAAGGUUCCCCCCAGCCACAUGAUAUGGGCCAGUGUGCAGAAUACAAACAUAAACCCACACAUGGGUUAAUACAUAGAGGGCAGCACAUGCACGGGGCGCUGCCUAUUCAGGAUGGAGAGAGGUAUAAUCUGAUUAUUUGGAUGAGGUCGUCCAAGGUGCGAAACCAGAAAUGUCCCAUGUGUGAUGAGAAGCCACACCUAGUGCCGACUGUUGGAGGUGGAGAUGGAUUUACCAAAGAAAAGAAGAAUGUCAAUGUUUGUGCAGCAAGUUGACUCAAGUGUGAUACAUGAUUCACAGUAUGAACACUUGUAUGAAAGCAUAACAUAUGAUCUUUUAUGUAAUGAGAUUGUCCAGAAAUGUUGAUGUGUUGUAUGUUUGAAUUUUUUGGUACAUACAUGUUACUAACUUUUCUCCCCUCUUCGGGACAACAUUGAGAUUUAACAGUGGAUAUUUAUAUGCAGCAAAAAGGUCAAAGUAUAUUUAGUGUAACUUUAGUUAGAUUUAUAUCUAUGUAUAAAAGUAGGUGUGUGUGUGUGUUUGUGUGUGAGUGCGCCUAUCAGUACCUGUAAAUGUGCGUGGAUGGGAGUGUUUUUAUUAGAGCGUACGUGUAGAGGGGAAAGGGGGGGGGGGAAAGGUGAAAGAUGAUAUAUUCUGAUGGCAAAGAUGUAAAAGCAGUCAAGCAAUCAAUGUAGGUGUGAGAUAGAGGUAAUAAACCCCAUUUAUUCUUUCUUCUUUUUUAAAGAGGAGGAAAACCGUGUAUUGCUCCCAUGUAGCAUACGUCUGCUUAGUACAAGUGACUUAUUUUAAACUUCUUUAGGUGCUACAUCUUCAGGUCUUCCAUUUUGUGAAAGAAGCAUUUAUUGUGCAUUUAUAAUUAUUUCCAACUCUUAUAUGUACAAUUAAAAAUAAGUAAUGCCAUAUUUUUAAUACAAAAGAUCAAGAGUUUUCUUUAAACUAACUUGCUCUGUUUAUUUGUUUAGCAAUUUUACAUUUUCAGGUGCUAUUUUAUAGUUGCCAUAUUAUACAUUUUACUCAGUUAUUGGAAUAAACAGUACUUAUGUUUCUUA